CUUCUAUCUCUAUGAUGUUAUUGAUCACCAUGUCGGUGUAGAAAGACAACAAAAACCCAGAAGACCCCGUCCUGUUCUAAAACGGAGUGUUUACGAUGGCGGGUGAGGAGGAGAGGGGGGUGGUUCGAGUCAAAGUAAAGAAAUGUGACGGGGUGCUUCCUGUGGAGUUCCGUUCCUUUGCUGUUGAUCCUCAGAUAACAUCGCUGGAGGUCUUGCAGCACAUCCUCAUUAGAGCCUUCGAUUUGAACGGGAGGCGGACUUUUGGGAUCAGUUACCUGUCUCGGGAUCGGAGUGGUGCUGAAAUAUAUUUGGGUCUGUUGUCUGACUGGGAUUUAGAUGUUGCAUUUGUCAGUGCAGCCAAGCCGUAUCUACAGCUGAAGAUGGACAUAAAGCCGUCAGAAGACAGUCCUGUAAUGGAGGACUGGGACAUCAUCAGCCCCAAAGAUGUGAUUGGCUCUGAGCAGCUUCUGUCAGACAAGACGAGGUCUUUGGCCUCUGCAGCUCUUCCCUUGACCCAGUCUUUUCUGUCCCAGGUGGGCCGCACCCUGUCCAAAGUUCAACAGGUCUUCAGCUGGUCUUACGGGGAGGAGAUCAAGCCUUUCAAGCCCCCCCUGACCGACGCUGAGUUUCACAGUUAUCUCAAUGGACAGGGUCAGCUGACACGACCUGAGGAGCUGAGACUGAGGAUCUACCAUGGUGGUGUAGAGCCUUCACUGCGCAAGGUUGUUUGGCGGUAUCUCCUUAAUGUCUACCCUGAUGGACUGAGUGGACAGGAAAGAAUGGACUACAUGAAGCGCAAGACGAGGGAGUAUGACCAGCUGAAGAGUGAGUGGACGGCCCGUGCCAGCCAGGAAGACCUUGAAUUCAUCCGAGGGAACGUUCUCAAAGAUGUCCUGAGGACGGACCGGGCCCACCCAUACUACGCCGGCUCAGAGGACAGUCCACAUCUGACUGCCCUCACAGAUCUGCUCACCACCUUCGCCAUCACACAUCCACAGAUAUCAUACUGUCAAGGCAUGAGUGACAUUGCCUCCCCUAUACUCGCAGUCAUGGACAAUGAAGCGCACGCCUUCAUUUGCUUUUGUGGCAUCAUGAAACGCUUGGAGGGAAACUUCCGGCCAGACGGGCAGCUCAUGUCUAUUAAGUUCCAGCAUCUAAAGCUGCUCCUGCAGUACUCAGAUCCUGAAUUUUACUCCUAUCUGGUCUCCCGAGGAGCUGAUGACCUCUUCUUCUGUUACCGCUGGCUGCUUCUGGAGCUCAAGCGAGAGUUUGCGUUCGAUGACGCUCUGAGGAUGCUGGAGGUGACUUGGAGCUCCUUGCCUCCAGAUCCUCCUGAAACCGAAGUGGAACUUCUGGGACCACCGCUAGAGUCGGAUGAAACAAUGGCACAAUGCACAGACAAGGACAAGACAGCUGAGAACUGCCAAGCAGACGAUCAGGAACAAAAAGAGAAGCGGAGGCGACACAUGCUGAGACCUUCAAGAGAAGAACCAGAUGCCAGCAGGAUCGCUGUCACAGAAGAGAAAAAGAGGCAGAACUUCAGCGCUGGAAAGGAAAGCGAAGGCGCUGAUUGUGAUAUCCCUCAAGUGACCACAGAAAAAGCUGAUUUGCAGGCUCCUCCUUUUGAGAGACAAACUAGUUUUGGAGAGUUUAAAUACUAUACCGCCCGAAAUGAAGAUAGCUUUGACAUGGAGCAACAACAGGGUGUGUGGUCUUCCAAAUCAAGCAUCCCGACGCGCCAGUCCACAAUGGACAGUGAGGACGACCCAGAAGAAAGAACACCUCUCAUAAAAAACUGUGAAAAUGGUUUCUCUCCAAUGUCAUCACCUUCCCUGUUACCCAAUGGCCUCCCAACGUGGAACACUGGCUCCUCUACAUCUUCAGCUUCACCUUCCAGCUGGCCAGGUGCUUCUCCAGACUCUCCUCCAAAAUCUCCUCCAAAAUCAACAACCAAUGGAAGAGAGGCCUUACCGAGAACUGUCCAAGAAGUCCUGUCCUCCUCUGCCCAAGUGCUCAGCAGUACCAGGAUCAUCUCGCCCAUGACCCCCACUGUAAAAACAUCUGUCGCGUCUCCCUCCCCCACUCAGAACCGAUCCCUACUCUCCUCACCCAUUUUGUCUUUCGGAAGAGGCCCCUCGCUGCCGGGCAGCAGGGCGUCCUCCAACAACCUCUCUUCACCUGGCAACAAAUCCCCAAACACCACAGCUAACACGCCCAGUUCCACAAAAGCCGAGACCACCAGCAUCAAACCGUGCUCCCUGCCACCUCCUCAAGAGUUCGGCAAAGGCAACCCCUUUAUGCUGUUCCUGUGCCUGUCCAUCCUGCUUGAGCACCGAGACCACAUCAUCAAGAACAGCCUGGAUUACAAUGAGUUAGCCAUGCACUUUGAUCGCCUUGUGCGGCGCCACAACCUGAGCAGGGUGCUACAACGAGCCAAGGCCUUAUUUGCAGACUACUUGCAAAGUGAAGUAUGGGACUCAGAGGAAGGGGACGAGGUUAGCUCGGACUCCCCAACGACAGCCUCGGCUGCCCUACACUCCCCUUCUUCAACCAUCUCUGCCCGGCCCAUUUACAGCCCUUUAGCGUUGCCUCAGGCAUCAUCUCCGAACUCAACCUAUAACCUCGCAACCACCAUCUCCUCCCCGACAGCUGAAGUUUCCCUUUCUCCUACGUCCUGAUUCCAUCAUGUAUCACCGGCUUCCCAUCCUCAGUGAACUUGUCAGUAGACGGUUUGUGGCCCUUUGGAGGCGUGGAUGUUUUUAUCGACGGCUCCUACAUCGAAUCAGCUGUUAAUAACCUUUUCAUUCUGUGUAUGCUUGAAUACAAAAUUCUUUAUGCUUGUAGUCAACAUAAUAUUUAAUUUUUUUCUUCAACCUUUUAAAGUUACGCCUUUUUCAUUGUCUGUACUCAAAGAGAUGAAAGAGCCGCCGAUGCAUGUAAUGCUGAACCCUGUGUCGCGGGUGUUUGACAGUUUUUGCCGGAACCAACAAAAGUUUGCCACUUAGUGCAUUAAACCUGUGUUGCCCUCCUCAUUACCUUUGUUUACAAGCUUCAGUUAUGUCCAGAAGUGUCUUAACUAAAAGCACUACAGCUGCAUUAGUUACAAGAAUAAAAAUCCAGACUGUAGAUUUGUUUAAAGUCAUGGUUGAAAUUGAUCCUGCUCAUGAAGUACGACUGAAAGGACUUUAACACAAACAAGACAUCUUAACCAAGAAGCAAAUUAGUCACCAAAUAAACUGACAAAAACUGUACCUACCCAACCUGCCUGACCUUAGCCUGUCACCUUUAAACUUAAAGGAUAAGGCUGUCAAUUUUCUAUAUUUGUCUUAUUGUCAUCAAAUCUCAUGUUUGGAUCCAUACUAACAAUGCACUGAUCUAUUAAUAAGUACUGUGUGUGUCUCCAAACCCUGAUAUAUCUUAUUACUUACUGUCAUAUUGCUCCAUUGUUGCCCAAAAACGACUAAAACCACAUCAAUAGUCCACAUCACUGCACCUUACAUGGAACUACCCUCAAGAGACUGAAAGCAUAAUGCUGCUCUGAUCACACACAGGAAUAAGAUAUGUCAGAGUUUGAAUACACAAACAAUACUUGUUAGUAGAUUAGUUCAUAGUUGGUGGAAAAAUAUAGAAAGUAGUCAGAUUCAUCCUUUUAAAAUGUUUUCUACAGUUGGUAGUAAAUUCACACAAAUAACACAAGGCAGGCUUUCUGUUUGGAGGAAAUAACCCUGAUGAUGUCAUAGUUAUGUCAUCAGAAAGCCUUCAUUACAACCUAGUGGUGCUGUGUUUGAAAGGUGUUCAGCAGGCUGGGAGGGUCCAACAAAGAGAUCCCAUUGAGUUACUUAAUAAUAAGUGUAGUCCAGUAUUCUGAGCUCCACCCAACAUGUGGCCCAUACAUUCCACCACAUAGAUUCCCAUUCAUACCAUGUAUGUUAUAUUUGUGGAUAAACUGAAAUUAAUUCAUGUCUUUUUUUUGGCUAUCGUUUCUUGUUGCCAUGUUUUUUUUUGCCAUUUCUGCUGUCUGUUGAAAGCAACUUACUGCAGGUUUCCUUUUGUUUUAGUGUCUUACUGCUUCUGUAAAAAGGCUGUUAUGUGAUUCCCAUUUUUUUCAGUCAUAGUCUGCAGUUGACAACGUGUGACAAAAAGUUUGUUCGAGAUGAGCCAGGCCUGUGCAGAAUCAAUCACUGGCCAGUUAGAUUUCUGUCUGACUCGAUCCUGAGUUGGCUCUGACGUCAUGCACGCAGGCAACAAUAACCUCACGUAAUCAAAGCGGCUGUAGUGUAUAGAGGCAGGAGCCGCAGCUGCUCUCUGCCGACUGCAAGACCUCAGGGCAUGAUGGGAAAGGUCCGGCUGACACCUGAUCAAAAAGCUGAUUGGCUCACAUUUUUUUGUUAAAUUCUAAACAUUGGGCAAACACGGCACAGCUCAUCUCGACCGAGCCCGUAGACACGGUGACGCAGACGUGUGUGACAGGUGUUCUAAGCAAUAUUCAAAUUUGCAACAUCAGAGAUUUAGGGUCAGUGCAAUGAGUGUGUAUCAGUCACAUGUUCACAGGGAGAUUUAACAUUAGCUAUAUAAUUCCUGUACAGUCACAGAUGUGUUGUUUUUUUUAACUGUGACUCAGCCAAUCACAAUUGAGGACUGCUAAUACCGGUUUUCUGAAGGCUGAUACCUGAGGAACAAAGGACUCUACUUUUUUGGUUUCAGUUAUUCAUGAUAUAAAGUCUCACAUCUGAUCACUGUUACAUAACAACAGCCUCCAUUAUUGAAACAGCUUAUCAUCCUUUUUUUGUUUUCUUUAUUCAUAUGAAACAGUGACAUCAUGAUGCAGAACGGGGAUGCAGCACCACUCUGCUGAACACUGUCUGCAUUCAUACAUUGAAACUCUAAUAGUGGUAAAAUAAGUACUGUACAUUAUUCAUGCAUUGGUGUGAGAUGUAUUAUUUGAGCACUUUGGUUGGUGCUGUUUCCCAAAGACUCUCUUCUGUUUUCUGUGUUAUAAUUUUCAAAGGAAUCAUAGAAAUGUGUCUAAAUGAGGCUUAUUUAAUGACAGCGUUGAUAUUUUCUUUGUUUGGCUGUUGAUAAGAAGGUGGUAGUAUCUCAGUCUCAGUUUUAACCGUUGAUUCUCCAGCGUGACGCUGCAUGAUACAGCAAAUAUAUACAAAUAUAUAUGCCUAUGUGCAACCUUAUGGCGGAAAAGUGCCUCACACGUUUGAAUUAGUAGCUUUGAUUUAUAUUUUCUUUUUGCUCCAAACAUUCUUUUUACAUUCUGACUCUGGCACAUUCUGGCAGAACAUCCUGAUGUGAUAGUGAGAAGUGUUUGAUUGUUGUUCAAUUGAUGGAUUUUAAUAUUUGUGUACAUGCAUGCUGUUCACUGCAGUGAAAAAAGGCAUAUUGAACCAUUUAAGAUACAUCACAGCAUCUGACCACAUUUAUAAGGAACAUUUCUACUUAGUGUAAUUCCUCAUUGAUUGUUUUUGGAAGCCCAUUUUUGCCAGGAAAAGCUAAAAAAAACAAAAACUAUAAGACUUGAGAAUGCAAAAUCAACAUUAUGAUAUACCAAGUCUUAAUGUAAAAAUCACUUCUUAGUUACAAUUUUGAGUCAAAAUGAUAAAACACGAAGUGUAAAUGAUCAUAACCUGAGUUCAACAAUUAAGUCACAAUUGGCACUCAAUUGAAAUUAUGACUUAUAACAAUUAGUAUUUUUAUACUUGUCAUUCUAUCUUUUUAUAUAUGUAUUUUUCCUAGCAGUAAUGGGCUUCCAUACUGAGUAUCUUAAUGUUUGCUAUGUUAAUCAUAAAUACAAACUGCUAGAAAG